UGUGCAAAACCAAAUGGAACAAAGCCGUUUAACGGUUCGGGUUUCGGAGGAACGGCCGAGUUAUGCCCACACACGCUACACCCCUAAUUUCUGCACCGGAGCCGGAAGAAAUAUUAAAAUGGCAAACCCGACGGGCACUUGCCUUUCCUAAACCUAAUUCCCUUUUGUACUUUCCCACUCACCUUAAUGCUCUCUCGCAGUAGAACCAAACAUGGAGGACCUCUCAUCCAUUCGUCACUUCUCUUCAAAUUCGUCACACAUUUUUCUCCAUUUUCUUCCAAACCCAAUUCAAAUUUCGCAACCCAGAAUCAAAUCGCUACAAUCCCAAAAAAAUUCACCACAAGAAGAUCAAUUCCACUCCCUGCAACAGUCCCACAAGCUCCAGACGCAGUAAGUUCUUCAAUUGUCAGCUCAGUAUGUUCUUUGCUCUCUAAAGAUACCAAAGAAACCACAAGUAUUGAUAUUUUGUUGAAAAAAUUUAGAAAAAAGUUGAGUUCUGAACUUGUGCUGCAAAUUUUGAUGAAUUAUAAGCAAUUGGGUAGGAGCAAGACAUUGGAUUUCUUCUCUUGGGCUGGAUUUCAGAUGGGUUUUCGGUUCGAUGACUGUGUGGUUGAGUACAUGGCUGAUUUCUUAGGUAGGAGGAAGCUUUUUGAUGAUAUGAAGUGUCUUCUGUUGACUGUGUCCUCCCAUAAGGGUCGAGUUUCGUGUCGAGCUGUGUCCACUUGCAUUAGGUUUCUGGGUAGGCAGGGGAGGAUUAAAGAAGCCCUUUGUAUGUUUGAAGAAAUGGAAUCAAAAUUUGGUUGUAAACCUGAUAAUCUUGUGUACAAUAAUGUGCUCUACGUGCUUUGUAAGAAGGAAUCGUCUGGCCAUUUAAUUGACUUUGCGCUUGCAGUUUUUCGGACAAUUGAAUCGCCUGAUACUUAUUCGUAUAGUAAUAUUCUUGUUGGUUUAUGUAAGUUUUGUAGAUUUGAGACUGCCAUUGAAGUUUUUGGUGAUAUGUGUAAGUCUGGUUUGGUUCCUACUCGGUCUGCAGUGAAUGCUUUUAUUGGAGAGUUGUGUUCAUUCAGUGUGAAAGAAGGAGCUGUUAGGAAAGUAAGAGUGAGAAAUUAUUGUAGAACCUUUACGAUUUUAGUUCCAAAAGUGGGUGGAAACAGUGAUGCUAUACAGCCUGCAGUUAGAGUUUUUUGGGCAGUGUAUAAAGUGGGAUUAUUACCCAGUACAUUUGCCAUAAUCCGGCUUCUUUCGGGGCUUUGUCAACUGGGAAAAGUGGAAGAGGCUGUUGAGAUUUUGAAGGCUGUUGAGGGUAAGAAGCUGAGCUGUGUCGAAGAGGGCUACUGUAUUGUGAUGAAGGCUUUGUGUGAACACGGUCACGUUGAGGAAACUAGCCAUAUGUUUGGGAGGAUGCUGUCCCAAGGCAUGAAACCAAAGUUGGCUGUUUAUAAUUCAAUUAUAUGCAUGCUGUGUAAACUAGGGAAUUUGGAUGAUGCCGGAAGUGUCUUUAAGAUGAUGAACAAGAAUAGAUGUCUUCCGGAUAGUAUGACGUAUUCUGCGUUAAUCCAUGCUUUUGGUGAAGCUAAAAAUUGGGAAGCUUCUUAUGGCUUAUUGAUAGAAAUGCUUGGGUUGGGCUACUCUCCACAUUUUCAUACUUAUAGAUUAGUGGACAAAAUUUUGAGGGAAAACGGGCAGAUGGAUAUGUGUCUUAAGUUGGAAAGGAAGUUGGAAACACAGACGUUGCAGAAGCUCUGUAAAGAUAACCAGUUAGAGGCUUCAUAUGAGAAGCUAAAAUCAAUGAUUGGAAAGGGGUUUCACCCACCAGCAUACGUGAGAGAUUCUUUUGAGACUGCGUUCCGGAGGUAUGGAAAAUUGGAAAUAGCUCAUGAAUUGCUGCGGACGACAAGUGAAACUGACAGAACUUAGCUGUUAAUGACCUAUUAAGAAGUAUUUUCCUCCAUCACCUGUAGAGUUGUGAGUUCUAACCAAUUUCCUUUUACAUUCUGGCCAUAUAUUUUUGCUAAUUAUCCGAUGAUAAUUUAAUUAUUUAUAUAUCUCUUUUAUAGUUCCUUA